UUCAUUGGAUAAUAAUGUCUAAAUUUAUCGACUUAGCAUGUUGGGUUCUCAUAUUAACAAUUUUCAUAAAUGGAGAAUUACUAGAAGGAAGAGCGGUUUCGAAUGUGGUCGACAGAUCAAUAGUAAAAACCAUUAAGGCCGGAAAGAAUGAGAUCAUCGACUGUUAUGAUAUUUACAGACAACCUAGUCUUAAUCAUCCUUUGCUUUAUAAUCAUACAAUACAGAUGACCCCAAGUUCGUACCCAAAAGGAAUGAAAUCGAAUAAUUUUGGGACACUUCAACUUACACAAACUUGGCAGAAAUAUGGAUCAUGUCCUCAAGGAUCCAUCCCUAUUCGGAGGAAAGGAAAAGAUCACCUUUUGCAUAAUUAUCGCCAUCCAAAAUCAUCACCACAUAAGAUAACUAAUGCAUUGCAACCAAACCUCAUCCCUGCACAGAUCCAUGAGUAUGCGUCGAUUAGUGUGCAUGGCAACCUAUUAGGAGCACAAGCAAAAAUAAAUUUAUGGAGACCGGUUCUUGAAAUACCUGCUGAAUUUAGUAUAUCCCAAAUUUGGGUUAUCGGUGCAAGAGAAAACAUUUUCGAUACAGUUGAAGCCGGAUGGAUAGUGGGUCGCGGUGACAACCUUACUAGAUUUUUCAUAUAUUUUACGGCGGACGGAUACGGUUCAACAGGUUGUUACAAUCUUAACUGUGAUGGUUUUGUACAAACAUCAUCAAGUAUUGCUCCUGAUUGCAGUUUCACUGAGUUAUCCACUUUCAAAGGUAGUCAAAAAGAUGCCACCUUCGGUAUUCACAAGGAUCAAAGUAGUGGAAAUUGGUGGGUACAAAUACAAGGUACUCAGGUCGGUUACUACCCAAGUUCUCUCUUCAAACAGUUAUCAAAUAUGGCAACAACUGUAUCUUGGGGUGGAGAAAUCACUAAUUGGAAAGAUCAAAGACGACAUACUAAGACUCAAAUGGGUAGCGGUCAUUUACCUUCCGAAGGUCAUUUAGGAACAUCAAGUUAUUUUAAUUGGGUUCAACUAUUUGACCAAAAUAACACGGCCAAAAACCCGGAAAACAUUGAGAAACUUAUUACGAAUCCAACCUGCUAUGAUUUGGAGAUUGAUGAUACUCAUCUUGAUACAAAUGGUUAUGGUUUUUAUUAUGGGGGUCCCGGUUAUAGUGAUAAAUGUCAAUAAUCCAAUACAAUGAAUUGGAAAGUAAUUCUUCAUUUUCUAAAAAUUUCAUACAUUUAUAAUAAUGAAGGGGAGGGUGGAUUCACUAUCAACACUAUUAUUUGUAGGAUCUCAUGUUUUAUUUACAAAUGGAUUUGUUUUC